CUACAAAUUAACAGAUUGGAUCCAACAUGGUGUGAGAAGAAGAUGAAAAUGCUUCUCGUGAGGAGGUGGCAGCGCUGGCUGCGAUGGAUGUUCACUUUGCUUCUUGUCUUCCUGUUCUGGAUAACAGCCCGACUGGUCCUAUUUGAGGUUUUCAACAGCCCCUCAGAUCAGGUGUCUAAUGAGAAGAGACUUCACAGUCUGUGGUCCCCUAACCCUGCCGAUGAGAUGUGGCUGCCACGCGUGAAGACGCACAGAUCUGACGAGACGCCUCUGGUAGUUGUGGAGGAACAUUAUGAAGUGUUAAAGUAUUGGUUCCAAGCAGCCCAGUUUGACUUCAUACCCAAGUCCAAGAAUAUGCUGAUCCAUAUAGAUGGCCAUGUUGAUGGGGCAGUGCCAUUCAAUGUGGACUCCAUCCCUUGGUUCAGGUUCCCCCGCAGUCCACAGGAAGUUCACAACAUGAUGCAGAGGAAUGAUAUGUUCAUCAUUUCAGCAGUGCUCACUGGCUUCAUUGACCAUGUGAUCUGGAUCUGGCCAGAUUGGGACAAGGAGUCGCAUGAGGGCCCAGAGACAGAUCACAUGAUCAUUGACUUUCAGAUGGGCUACACCAAGCCUUUGGCCCUAUGUGCUUGUUGGAAGGUCAGGAGUUCAGAGGGUGGAACUGUCAGACAAGGGAUGAAGCAAGAGGAUUCUUUGGACUGGGAAUGCAGAAGGCAUAAUGAUUCUGAAGUGGAUAUUGAGAUAGGUCCAUUGAUGAAGCGGUCGGACUGUCAGAUCCAAGGACAGGGAGUGCUGGAGACAUUGAGUGAGUCAAAGGCAGUGACUGUGCUGAAAGCCAUGGAAGAACAUGACAGGCUGGGAGGGCUUAUCCUGGACAUUGAUGAAGAUUAUUUCGGCUGUUGGAGUGACAUGAUUCCCUUCAGCGAAGCUGGAAUUGUUCAAGAAAAAGUAGACAUGAUUUCUGAGCUGGUCUCUGAUUUUUUGUGUGCCUUUAGUCCCCGCCAGGAGCAAGACGCUGAUCAUUAUUACACUGCCAUAAUCAAUCUCAUCAUAAGUCUUAAGCUGAAAUCAUGUGAUGUUGAUAGACCGCCUGGAGAAAAAAGAUGUCUGAAAGAUGUGGACAUAUCUAACUAUCUGAUAGAAAAUGUUCCAAACAUUUUGGAAUUCUUAUUCAGUCAUAAGAAGCAGCAUGUUUUAUGCGCACAGGAGGAAAAACUCAAUGGGCUGCGAUUACAAAGUCUUCUCGCGGUGCUAACAAAUUUCAGUGUGGAUCAGCUCAAAAGCUUGUCAAAAGUGGGCAUAUGCUUUUCUACCUCUCCGUCUUCCAUUCACUUUCCAGUGAGUGGAAUUCUUCAUGUGUGUCAUGGAGACAAUACUCCUGAGAAAACAGAGGUCACUUUUUCCUUACCAGAAAACAAAGACGUCAUUGCUCAAACAAAGACAUUAAAGAAAAUUUUGUCUUCCAUAUUUCGUAAACCAGAUGUGAUUAGUGUGUGUAGAUCAAUUCGAGACGGAUACACACCGAAAGAAUAUUUUCGCAUGAUUGAGUCAGCAGUGCUUACUAGUGUGUCUGCAGUGUAUCGGAGUGUUAGUCUUAAGUCUGUGCACUUUGAUGGCAAUUUGCUGGGAGGAGCACUUGGAUGGCCAGAGAGGAAGCAAAGUUGGAACAGUAAAUUGACAAGUUUCUUAAAGUUUGACACUUAAUGUUUCUUAAUGGUACAUUUUUAGGCUGCUCGAAUCACUGUGAAAGGAAACGGUUGAAGACAGUGUGGUGCAAACUGUAAAUGUCAAUGGGUUUGUAUGUGUGUGUGUGAGAGAGAGAAAGAGUGAGUUGUUCAUGAAGACUUUCUAUUGUGUUUAUUUGACUAAAACGAGCUAGGUCUUGAAGAUUACUUAAGUAUUAAGUGUGUGAACAUGUAGUUUAUUGGGAUGAGAAACUGGAAUUAUGUUUUUAUUAAUUAAAGUGGUAAUAAUGUUGGCAAAUUUCAGUGUUUAAGAUAGUAAUCUUUGAAGUCGGUUUAUGCGAAAGGUUUGUUCCAAUAUGUGACUAUCAGCAUCUUUUAGUGACAUUUUAAAGAAAAAUAUAAAAGGAAAGAU